UUGGUAAGAAGGUAUCAUGUUGGUAUCAUCCAAUAUUUGUUAGAAUCCAUCUCUCAUGUGAAUGCUCUCUGUACUGAUGAUAUCUGUAACGCGAGCUAGACGCGCGUGGUUCCUGCCGCCAGCACAAGUGUCUUAAAAAUCCAAGCCGACUGCAAAUCAAAGUAAUGGAUUAGAAUCCAAAAACUUUAAACCUGGUCCGUGCACAUAACGCCCUCGUCCGGUCUCUUUCGCUAAAAAAUCUUUCUUUAAACUGCUUCUCCCUGUGGGUGUACAUGGGUAUCUUCUUGAAUUUCAUGGCACCCCCUAUUUUCUUCUUAGUUUUGUCAUUUUUAUUGAUUCCUGCAAGUACCCAUCUCCAAUCCAAUGAACAAGGAUAUAUAUCUCUGCUCUUAUCCGAUAAAGGUAUUGAUUUUGCUAAGGAUGUUCUAAUAAAAAGGGCAGUAUCGUCCAUGAUUCCACUUCAACUGCCAGACAUAGAGAAGCAUGUGAAAAUCCCAGUUCUUGGCAAAGUCCAUGUGGUUCUAUCGAACAUCACGAUUAAUAGUGUUAUUGUUGCUUCUUCAUCUGUUGAAACUGGAGAGACGGGUAUUGUUCUAGUUGCUUCAGGUGCUACCGCGGAUUUGACCAUGAAUUGGCGGUACUCUUAUAAGAGUUGGAUAGUUGUGAUUUCGGACAGUGGAGAUGCCUCAGUUAAGGUUAAAGAUAUGGAAGUUGGGCUUACCGUUGGUUUAAAAGAACAAGAUGGAACUCUUAAUCUCUCUCUCUUGGAUUGUGGAUGUUAUGUGAAAGAUAUCUCUAUUAAGUUGGAUGGUGGAGCAUCUUGGCUUUAUCAAGUGGUGGUUGAAGCUUUUGAAGGUCCAAUAGGAUCUGCAGUAGAAAAUGCUAUUUCCAAGAAAAUCAAAGAAGGCAUAUCAAAACUUGAUUCCCGAUUACAAUCACUUCCAAAACAAGUCUCAGUAGAUCAUGUUUCUGCAAUGAAUGUUACUUUCACAGACAAACCUGUGUUGAGCAAUUCUUCAAUUGAAAUUGAUAUCAGUGGUUUAUUCAUGGCAAGGGACAAAGUUUUAAUUCCCAGCUAUUAUUAUAAAGGAUUGCGAGCUUCCGAUUCGUCAAACUGUCCAGCUAAGAUGAUUGGAAUUUCAUUACAUGAAAAUGUUUUUAAUACUGCUGCAGUAGUAUACUUCAAUGCAGGUUAUAUGCAUUGGACAGUGGAUAGAUUUCCAAAUCAAUCCCUCUUAAACACUACAACAUGGAGAUUCAUUUAUCCUCAACUCUACAAGAAGUAUCCAAAUGAUGAAAUGAAUCUUAAUAUAUCACUGACUUCUCCACUGGUGAUAAGAAUUGUAGAGAACGACCUUAAUGCAACCAUUUAUUUAGAUGUGACAAUUAAUGUAUUGGAUGCUGAUGAAGUUAUUCCAGUUGCUUGUGUCUCGUUGGUAAUUAGCGCUUCAUGUUCUCCACAUAUUUUAGGGAAUAAGCUAGCUGGUAUCCUCAAGUUGAAAAAUUUUACUGUGUCUUAUAACUGGAGCAAUAUUGGGGACCUGCGAAUGCAUUUACUUUGGCAGGUAGCUUUUGCAGUUCUUGAAACCAGCUUCCUUCCAAACGUGAACUUACGCCUCUUGAAGGGGUUACCUUUGCCAUUUCUUCAUGGAUUUACAAUUAAGAAUGCUGAAAUCCAUUACACGAAAUCCAAGAUGAUGAUAUGCAGCAACCUUGCCCUCACAUGACAGUACCACAUCAGUUGGCAGUCAGUGACUCUGUCCACUUCAACCAGGUGCUUCAGAGACACAGAUAUACGUACAAAAGUUGCAUAUAUGGGUGUAUAUACAGUCAAUUAAACACUAAAGCAAUUCAAAUCUGUGAUUUAGUAAUUUGUUGGAUGUUGAACAAUUCAUAUUCCUGCUGUAUGCAUGAUUGCUGAGUUUGGGUAAAUAUACCAAAAUCCUUUUGUUGCAAGUCUUUUCUGGACAUGAUUGUAUAUGCAAAAUAUUCACAUCUUUGAUCCAGUUAAAGAUAAAUGAUUCGCUUGUC